UAUAGAGUCACACAUACUUUAAGGUUUCAGGUUCAUUUGUUGUACUUGUUGGUUCUUUAUCAGAAAGGUAAUUGUGCAAAUUUCUGCUGACCGGACAAACCUUCAGACCUUCAAGUCACACAGGACUGUCAAUCAGCAGCCAGGUGAACAUGACGAAGCACCCAGCUGUCAUCUUAAAGAUGGCCUCGAUGCUGCUGCUGCUGCUGCUGCUGCUGCUGCACGGCACAGAAGCGAAGAUGGACAUGAUUACCAGUAAGCAGGACAUUCAGGUGGGAGAAGAUAUCUUACUGUUGUGUAAAGCUGGAGGAGAGGGAGACAUAGUGUGGCAGAAGGACGGGGAGGACAUCGACGAUGAAGACAAGGUGUCAAACAUCGACGAGUCGACUUCUAAAUUGGUAAUUAAGAAGGCCACGAGGCAGGACGCGGGCAGAUAUACCUGCCUGUGUGAAUUCGACAACGGACACAAAGAUGACAUUAUGACACAGCUGUAUGUUUAUGAGGGUCCAUCAUUUGGGAGCACCAACACCUACCAUGAGUUUCUGGAGGGCACAGACGUAGUGAUGCCGUGCCUGGUGACCGGCCAGCCGGCCGUCGACGUCCACUGGCUCAGACACAGAGAAGAAAUCUCCUCAAACGCUGAAGACCGCGUGCGUCGCCUCCCCGACGGCACGGUGCACAUCAAACAGGUGAAGAGGGAGGACGCCGGGACGUACGUGUGUCUGGCUCAGAUCAGAGGGAGGCCCAUCAAAGAGGAGCUCCCCGUCUCCGUGGUCGUCAACGCUCCCACGACGACGCGUCUGAGAGAAGAGGUGAAGAAAGUGAUGGCCGGACCGGAAACCAACGUUUCCCUGCUGUGUUUGGUGGACGGUCUACCCAAACCCAACAUCACCUGGAUGUUGCCGGUGGCGUUUGACCCUUCGCAUCAUCGGUUUAACUCCGACCGCAGCCAGAUGACCAUAAGCUCUGUUGCCAGGGCCGACUACGGCGAGUACGUCUGCACCGCCGCCAACAAGAUAUCUGAGAGCAGCGCCACCUUCAUGCUUCACGUUUACGAGGCCCCAGAGGUGUUUGUGUCAGCGGAGCAGCAGAGCGUCUCAGUGGGAGAGAGAGUGUCUGUGUCCUGUAACGUCUCUGGACAUCCUCAGCCGGAGCUAUACUGGCUCAACAAGCACAAUGGACGCACUCUGGACUCGAGCUCCGGUCUUGUCCGUGCUGUCGAUGGUGCGUUGGUGAUUGAUGAGGUAGUGCCCUCUGAUGGUGGAACGUAUUCCUGCAUGGCUGUCAGCACCUCUGGAAAUGCAUCGAGAGACGUUGCAAUACACACCCAGCCCGGUCCGCCUCCCGACCUGUCGGUCUCACCUGGACUAACCACGGUCCACUUCUCCCUCAAAUCCCUCCCCGUCAGCGGAGGAACACCAAUCACCAGCUUCGUCCUGCAGUGGAGGCAAAGUGCAGCUGAAGCGUGGAAGGAGGUCACAGUCCCGGUUUCAGGUCCCCGAUCCAUCUCCUCCCUCCGGCCGUACACGCCGUACACGGUGCGUCUGGCUGCCUUGAAUGCAGUGGGAGUGGGACAGUUCUCAGACCAGCACACCGUCCGCACCCAGGGAAUGCGAGGUGAACCAGACCGCCCGGUUCUGUUGUCCAACGAGAUGAAAGUAGAGGGCAACUCCUUCUCCGUCCCUCUUCAACCGACCGAUGAUGGUGGAACUCCUCUGCUGCACUUUGACAUACGAUACAAACCGGAUGAAGAGGGGACCGAGUGGAAAGAGAUGCAGCUGCCGCCCGAUGCCGACUCUGUCUCCCUUCGAGAUCUGUCCUACGGCUCAGACUAUCAACUGGAAGUGUCAUCCAUCAACCCGAACGGUUCCUCCGCCCCUGCCAUUUUCAACUUCACCAUCGCAGAUCAGCCUGUCAAAUCGAGCCGCAUGACCAAAGGCAGCGUGGUCGCCGUCGUCAUGAUGAUCUUCUUGGUGAUCUUCCUGGCGGUCGACGCCACCUGCUGCUACAGAAACCGCUGCGGCCUGCUCAUGUCCAUCGCCGUGAAGGUCUUCGGACGGAAAGUCCCCGGCCUCCAAAUGCUGGAAGAAGGAGAAGGAACCAACGGAGAAGUUAAGCUGAAGAGUGUGUCCACUCCGAGAGGCAGUGUGCAACAUUCGGAAGCGGGACUCACUAAGGACGGGGGGCCGCUCACAGAGAUCACCUGCGACAAAGCCCCCCUUACCAAACACAAGAAAAAUCUGCACACCGCCACCGCGUGAGGCCGUAAAGAAGAAGAACAAGAAAAGAAGAAGCGUGAGAAAAGCGAGGAGACAACAAAGAGGACGUAUCAAACGACCGCUGAGUAUUCACGAUCUCUAGAUUCAAUGCAAACUGCGAUGGGAGAGACGUCUGUGCUGUUGGAGGACGCAGAGACCGACGCAGGUGCAUCAGACGAUGUCAUUCUGCUUUUGAUUGGCUCAAAGUGACAACGUCUCAUUUUACAGGGUAAUCGUGCUGUCUGUGUUUUUACAGGGUAAAACUUUUUGCUGUUAUAAAUCUAUUUUUGUUGUAUUGCUAUAUUCACUAAAAGUCACAAAAACAUGUUUACCUUCUGCAUUUUGAAUGUAUUUGUCACUGUAUUCAGCAUUAACUUAACCUAUCUACUAACCUUUAUAUAAUUAUCAUGCACUAAUAUGUAUUGUUUUUCAAACCAUACAUGAGAGAUAUCUUUAUUAUUAUAUAUGAGAGGCUUUGACCGUGAAGCCAUAUUUUACUUUGUAGCUUAAUUGUUAAGCACUUUUUUUGUGGACACACUUUUAUAAAUGGUUGUUAAAUAACACUGGCCAUUUAGGGAACCUGUAAUUAAAAGCAGUUUUUAUUAUGAGAACCUUCUUCUUCAAAGUACCUGUAAUAAUAUAUACGUCAGAAAUAUAUAAACCUAACAAAACGUAUUAAUGUUGUAAGUUAUUCUGUUUUUAUAGUCACCAUAUUGACAAUGUUGGUCAUUACAACUGCAAAUUGCCUGACCGUGUUAAUGAAGUGUUUUGAUAUUAAUGUAAUCGUCAAAUAUUUAACUUGCAGAUUUUUAUUUGGAUUUGAGACACUUUGACAUAAUUAUGUCAUGUUUGCAAAUUGCCUGACCGUGUUAAUGAAGUGUUGUGAUAUUAAUGUACUAUUGCUUUUGAACACUGAACACUGUACACUGUAUACAUACACAUGUCAUUGCAUCUUUUUUGUUUGAUAAAAAAACACUGUAAAACAACUUCAUGUCUUUUGUGCUCACCAAAACCUCCAUAACAAACAGGGUGGGAAUGAGGGCCGCUGUGGUGCUUAUACCGAAUUAAUGU